AUGUUUUACGAUGAAACGAACAGGGAGAAGCCAAUUUUGAAUGAAACAAAUUGGAAGUUCGGAGGAUUAAUCGGGUUGGAACUGACAGGAAGUGAGACAAGAGGAAGGUCCUUCUGGACCGUUGGAACAUAUAAUUAGAAUUGGAGAUCGGAAAAGGAACAAUCAAAGCGUUCGAAAAUAAUUGGACCAGUGAUACCAGACAACACAAACAAAUCAAACAGAAUGACAGCCUCAGGCUGACGAAUGGACAUUUGGCACGAGAUCUAACCGCCCUUUCCGCCUUCCGACCUCAGACCCUGAGGACAGGUAAACCCAUUGCUUGUUGUUGUUUUGAAACAAGUCAUGUCCACACCAUGUUAUGUUCCCAUCUCUCAACAUAGCAUUAUAGGGCACUUGAUUCCUCCAUUUAUCCGGCAUCCGUCCGGACUCGGCGCACCAAGGACCCUGAGGCCGUUCUAA